AUGUGGCCCUUCCAGAGAAAACAUCCCAUAAUGACAGUCUCAGAGAAGAGCGUCUUUAUUCACGGCUCCAGCAGCCGCGGCAGCAGCCGUCUACGUCUGCAGAAAACGGCCAGCGCCGGAGAGCAGAGAGCAGCGCUGAUUAAAGAUGGAUGUGAGACUCGUGUCAGGAGGCCCCUGGGCCGGCUGCCAGGACUGUCAGCCGCUCAGGUGUCAGCGGCUGGCCGCAGCAACGGCAGCAGAGAACCGGAGAUCAGCAGGAGGAUCACGUCCUCCCGGGGCGAAAAGGCUGCACUCACCGCGGCACACCUGGUCCAGAACAAACAGGAAGUUCUCCGUCACACUGAGGCGAUGGCGUCUUCUGGAGCCGAGUCGCCACGACGACGCACUUUGAGGAGGACCACCGGCGGCAGAACCCUGCUCCAGGACCUCCUCCACAAGGGAGGCUCUCACGCCCCAGGUGAGUUGGGCAGGGAGCCCAGGCUCAUCCAGUCCAUAGCCGGUCUGAUGAGGGGCAAGGGUCAGCUGCUGCUCCUGGAGAGACCUGAUGCUGUGGAGGUCUACAAGCUUAACAAGCCCCCGGUCCGUUCAAAGGGAGCUGCUGCCGACCAGUUGUACCUGCCGAGGAUACCGAGAAGGCCCUCAAACCUGGCCUCGCUCAGGGCGUCCCUGAGCAACUCCUGUCCCUACCUGUGCGACCAGCGAAGGGGCAGUGUGUCCUCCAUGUGCUCCCAGAAAACCGUCAACUGGGAUAAAAAGACGAGCGGCCUGAAGGCCCUGGCUGAGGCUAAGAAGUCCAACGUCACUGUGACGAUGACCUACCUGGGGCUGCGCAACGCCCACUCCGGCUCAGGCACCUUACAGGACGAGCUGCGGGUCCUCCAGCAGGUGAACGGGGGGGAGAACCUCUGCGUGUUCAAAGGCCUGGUAACACCCGGAGAGCAGUUCCAGUUCCUGUCCCAGAGACACCGGGGCUACCCCUUCAGCGCCACCAUGUACGUCAACGGCCUGAUGGCCGCCCGCAUCAGCUCCUGCUGCGAGUACCGCUACUCCCCGGGCUUCCAGCAGGGCCAGCGGAGCUGCUUCAGACUGGCCUGGCUCUCCGGGGGAAUGCCCUGCCACAGAUGUACAAGUCUCCGAAACAAAUACGGCUCCUGCCAGCAGCUGAACAAUGGCACAAAGGAGAAUUUAAUUCCCCCGCUAGACCGGAACGCUGGCAAAGCCCCCGAUGAGGAGCAUCACUCAGCCCCCCUGCUCCUCCCCGCCGCAAAGCCGGAGAAGAAGAAGAAGAAGACGUUGAGGCAGAGGACACGGGAGCACAGCCGGGAGGCCAGCUGUCCGUCCAGCGACAGCGAGGAGGACCCCGCGCCCGCAGCCGCCAAACGUCCCUCCAAGCCCAAGAGACGCAAGGGCCGCCCCGGUCCGAGGGAGGGCAAGGGUGGGACGGGGGGCAGUAAGGCGGACCCCAAGGAGACUCAGGUGCUGGGGGGCUACGACGGCAGAACCGCGACUCACAAACAGGUCCAAACAGACCAGGAGUCCCCCGGUCAGGGCAGGACCCCGCGGGCCAGGAGGGGGGUGGUGGACUCUGGGAGAGGGGUGGUGGACUCCGGGGGUCCGCAGGACAAGGAAGCCCUGACGAGGCACAAAGCGGGAAGAAAGACGGAGCCCGGAACAAAUGAGAAAAGCAGAGAUGGGGAUGGAACCAAGGACUACUAUGAAGAGUGUUUGGACAUGAGUGCAGCGCUGGAGCGGCGCCCAAACCAACACAACUGGUUCAAGGCAAACAUCUUGGAGCGAUGUCGUCUGAAGAAGCGCCUGGCAGCAGGCCCCCCAGGGACCAGCUCAGACCUGGAGCCCAGCGAGUGUGAGAGCGAGGAAGAGGUUCCCCCUGAAGAAGAGCCAGCAGAACCAGAGGUGGAAGAACCCCCACCAGAACCAGAGGUGGAGGAACCCCCACCAGAACCGGAGGUGGAGGAACCCCCAGCAGAACCAGAGGUGGAGGAACCCCCAGCAGAACCAGAGGUGGAGGAACCCCCACCAGAACCGGAGGUGGAGGAACCCCCACCAGAACCAGAGGUGGAGGUUCCCCCAGCAGAGCCAGAGAACCUGGGAGAAGAAGAUCUGCAGACACAGCUUGACGCCAUGAUGGCGGUGCUGAACGCGUCGGACGAGGUGGAGCAGCUGGUGCUGAGGAACACGGGCCUGACGGACGACCUGCUGUGGAACCUGGUGGAGGUCCUGAAGAGGAGCCCCUCCGAGGUCACCCUGCUCAACCUCAACCUCAACCGCAUCGGCCCGUUCGGAGCCCACGUCCUACUGGACCUGGUCAGAGCCAAGCCCCAGGUCCAAGGGAUACACAUAUUCGGAAACAAACUGCGCGACUACGGCGUCCAAAUCCUGGUGAACGGGAUAGUGGAGCUGCAGGAGCAGACGGCCAGCGAAGCAGUCCUCCAAGACAGCAUGCUCCUCCAGUCAGACCAGCUCCUCCAGUCAGACCAGGACCUCCAAUACACCAUGCCCCUACAGUCAGAGCAACACCUCCAACAAGCCAUGCUCCCUCAAUCAGAGCAGCUCUUCCAGUCAGAGCAGCUCCUCCAACACACCGUGCCCCUUCAGGCAGAGCAGCACCUCCAACAAGCCAUGGCCCUUCAGUCAGAGAAUCCCCUCCAGUCAGAGCAGCACCUCCAACACACCGUGCCCCUUCAGUCCGAGCAGCAGGUGAACCCGGACCUCCUCGUCAGCCUGAGCGCUACGUGGGGCUCUCUCAGCAUCUUCACCCUGCUGGAGCUUGACAUCGGUGGGAACGGCCUCGCCAGCGACGGGCUGCGGCUGCUGGCGGCGUACAUGAGACACUACUCCUCCCUGCAGUACCUGGGCCUGGCGCAGACCAGCGGGGCUGACCUCGCCGCGUGGAAGGAGCUGUUUGACAGCCUCAAGGAGAACAGCUCGCUCACUCACAUCGUCCUGGACGAGAGCAGCCUGGGGGACCCGGGGGUGCGGAUGCUGGCCGACGUGCUGCGGGUCAGCGUCAGCCUCCGGCAGGUGGACCUGGACAGGAAUGGCAUCAGUGACGUGGGAGGGAACGACCUCAUGGGGGCGUUGCUCUGCAGGACUCAGUGUCCACUGAGCCAUCUGAGCCUUCAGGAGAAUGACAUCACCCCGGGACUCAUGAGACGCAUACAGGAGGAGGUGAAGAAUACCUGACACCAAACGACUCAACGAUGACGAGUAACAUGUAGUUAAAGGUGCUGCAGGAAAGGUUUUUGAGUGACAGUAGAUAAUAUUUGCCACCCUCUCUGCUCCCUCCCGCCCUGUGUUUCUCUGUCAUUGGGAAGGGAUGCAUUCACUCCCCUUUGAUUGACAGGCAAAAUGUUUUUCCUGAACCAAUCAAGGAAGAGCUGUCCUCCGAAUCGGUUCCAUACAGAUGCAGGUGCAGUUAACCAGAGAAGAUAUUUCACAGGGCAUUCAACCGCUGCCUUUAUAACUAAUUAAAGUCAAAUGAUGGUUCUUAAAUAAUGCCUGCAGUACCUUUAAAUGUAAAUGAAUGUACUGCAAUACACAUUGUUCAAAGAGUAUUCAUAUCUUCACAUUAAUCCCCAAAAUCAAAUAUGCUGCAGUGAUCCGAUGUAAAAUAAAUACCUGAAUCUCCUGCUUCUAGGCCACGGGUUCUCAUAGCGCCCCUGAUCCCCGGAUACUAAUCCCAGAUAAGCCCCUCAAACCAGAGAAACCAGAUCAUUCAUCAAGUAUGACAGGAUGUCUUAGGGGAUGUGUCCCACAACCUAUACCCAGGUCCUCAGUUCCCCCCCUUGGCAGGGCCGUGAAACGACCCAGUUCAUGACAGUGGCCGCCUCUAACAACCCGGAGAAUGUUCUUUUUCACCAAUUACCACGUCUCAGACCGGAAAAACAUUAGUACGAUUUGUUGUUCAGAAAGUGCCAGGAAAGAAUUCAGCUGGCGCUGGUCUUGGUCCUCCUUGACUAGAAUGCUGCCAGUUACAACCCGCCAGUCUGUGCUGAGGCUCCCAGCAUCGGCUCAAGUGGAGCCCACAGGAAAACACAGAUCUCCUGCUGCUUCCUCUGCAUGCCCAGCCCAGGACGUACAGCGUCCUGUAGGGUAGAGCCAGGCCUCAUUCAGACAAUGUUUGAAUUAGACUCAUUUGCAGUCUGGAUAGCCUUGAAGAGAGCACUCCUAUUUAGAUGUGAUUCUGGUUGAACGCAGCUUCUUCUUCCUCUUAUUCCUCCUGCUUCUUGAUUACAAGGAAUUGAUUGAUUUCAAUAAUUUGAUUUUCACAAGUUCACUGUAGUAAUAAGACCUCCGAUCUGAGAUCAGUCCCCUGUCUGGUGAUCUGUAGUCAACACACCGCCAUUCCAGUCAGAGGUGUGGAGAAACUAGGGCAACUACACACACACACACAACUACACGACGCCCUCGGGUCGUUGUUCUUUCAACGACGACAAUUUGAUAAUAACCUUACGGGUGAUCAAAGCUUGUCAUGGCAGGAAAGAUCCCCACCGAAUGCUCAGAAGGCUGCCAAUAGGGCUGAAACCUAUCCCUCCACGUUUCAUCUCCAGUCUCAUGGAUUAACUCCCCCAGUGAUAACAGUCCUCUGGAACAGCUUUGCCCCGGAUGACAGACAAAUUAGUCUGGAGCACCUGAGGAUUACAAAACCCAGUCGCAGUUUCAGCGGCUAAAAUAUUAAACUCUGCAGUGUACCAUAGACCUAAUUCACCUAGAACGUUCAUAAGUAGAAAGUUAUAUGCUAACCCUUACCCUCUUAUCCUAGCUAUCUUUGUUGUAUACAGGGAAUGGGUUAACCUAACAAUUGUUAGUGCUUGCCACUUGGUUCUAUCAACAUUCUGACUAUACCAACAGCGGUAUAUUGUUGUUCCUCCUUUUUCUGACAAAAGUACUUAUUGUAAGUCGCAUUGGAUAACAACAUCUGCUGAAUUCCCUAAAUGUGAAUGUAAAUGUAAGUAACAUUUAGAUGGUUUGAUUGGGUUGUCAUGGUUUCCCCAAAAAUUCUGGAAAGUUUCCCCAACCAACCAACCAAUAUGGCCACUAGGGCAUAAGGGCCCUUUCCUACCAACAGAUGCAUGCAUGUGAUACAGUGCAGUUGUGGUGUGGCUGAUUCAGCCCUCUUCUGAUCAUUCGAGAACUUCAUUAACUCCCAUUGAUACUGAGAGUCGUCCGUUUACACCUGGACAUGGUGUGUAUCGAUAGCCUGCUGUAUUUCACUGCCUCCUGCAGCUCAGUGCAUCUUUUGUCUCUGGGACAACGUGACCUUAGAAUACCCUGAAAUUAACACUUCCCUGAAAAAAAUCCAGAUGCUAUUGCCACAAUGUUACCUGUUCCUUCUCGCUUUUAGAAUAAACACAGACAAAUGUUUAAGUGAAGUGGGUAUUGUGUAUGUUUUAUUUACUAUUCUUCAGUAA